AUGGAAUUAUUAAAUGAUAGUUGCUCGAAUUCAUCCGAUGGUUUAUCUCUUGUGAAUUAUAUUCGACAUUCAUUGAAAGAUUCAUCAAUUCGAUUAGAAAUAAUAGCUGGAUUAUGUUUAGCUAUUGGAAUCAUUACUGCUAUUUGUCAAAUUAACAAACAAAAAUUAAUAAAAAAAAUAAAUCAAUUUGAAAAAAAUCUUGACGAUUAUUCAUAUAGAGAUCUUUUUUAUUUUUUUAUUAAUCCAGAAUUUCACAUUGAUAAACUUCAUCUUGCUAAAGAAUUUAGUGAACGAAUGCAUUAUGAAGCUUCUCAAUAUAUGAUGAAUGAUCAUGAAGAUGAUCCAGAUUUUCCAGAUCAUUUUACUUAUAUUAAAUAUGAUAAAGAAAAAGUUCAACAAAGAUUAGAUUAUAUUUUUCAAAGAUUAUUGAAAGAAAAAUAUCUAGAUUGGUGUGAUGCUGGUCAACCGGUAUCAUCGGAUUCACGUUAUUGGUGGGCGAAAACAAAACUUCAUUUUACAACUUAUUUAAUUCAACGAGAACCAUAUCAUUUAACAGAUGGAAUUUGGUUACGUGGCCUUUCACAAGGACCAAUGUCAACAAUUGAAGCAAAAUUAUUUUCCAUUUAUAUUGAUGAAUUAGGUAAUGGAGAUCCUGAACAAAAUCAUCCGAAUGUUUAUUUAAAUGUUCUUAAAAAUCUUGGUCUUUAUGUUCCACCAAUUCAUUCAAGAGAAUUUGUUGAUCAACAAUCAAUUCUUGAUAUUAGUUUUAAAAAACCUCUUUUAACAUUAACAACAUCACUUUUUCCUCGAACAUUUCAACCAGAAAUUCUUGGAUAUACACUUUGGCUUGAAACAACAUCAACUUCUGAACAUGUUGGUUUACGAAAAAUUCUUGAACGAUAUGAUUUAAAUCCAAAGUUUUCUCUUCUUCAUACAGCAAUUGAUAAUAGUUUGAAUGGACAUGGAAAAUAUGCACGUGAUGCUGUUGAAGAAUAUCUUGAUCAUAUUCAAAAAACACAAGGUGAACAAGCCGUUCAAGAACAUUGGAAACGAAUUUGGACAGGAUAUGUUGCUUAUGGAACAACUGGAAAUAUAGAUGAUGCUCUUAAAAAAUUAUUUAAAGAACAAGAAAAGUUAACACCACGUGGAGAAUUUAUUGAAUUAAUAAAAAAGAAAAGUUGUUUAGCACAAAAAAUGCAUGGAUCACGACGUAUUGGUCCUCAUAAUUAUUUAUUAAAUGAGAUGUUUGCAUCGGAUCAUCCUGAAAUACUUUGUGAUGAACUUGAAAAUUCAGAUAUGAUUUCCAAAGGCCAUCCAGAAAAAAGUAAACUUCUUAGUCAUGCUGUUUCAUUUCAAGGACCUAUGUAUCAGAUAUUCAAUGCAGAUGAACUUUCGAUAAUAACACGAUGGAUACUUUCAUUAUCACAAUCAACUGUUAAUGAUAUGAUAUCAGUUGUUGUUCAACGUCGUCGAUUAUCUGAACAAAUAGAAUCUGAUAUUAAACUUAAACUACCUGAUCAAUCAGAAAGACUUUUACGAGAAUUAUUACAAGGAAAACCAAAUGAUUUAUUAUGGGCUUUUCGUGCUACACAAUGGACCAUUCCAGAUAAUGGUGAAGCAUUGACUGAAGAAAAUGUUGAUACGUGUCCAUUAAUGAAAUCAAUAAGUGAACAUGGAAUUCUUGAAAAAGUAUUUAAUCAAGAUAAACAAAUUAUCCGACAAUGGUUACUUGAUGGAUCACCCACUAUCAAUGAAACAUUUCAACAAUCAACUGAUCAACUAGAUCAGAUUGAAAUAUUAUCACAUAAAUUUUUUAAAUUUCAGUAUUAA